AAGGCCCCACAAUUCAUACAAUCUACGCCGCAUUGCAUACACGAGUGGCACCAGUGGCCACGUUCUCAUAAAUUGCACCCAAGUGGCCUAGCGCUCUCUCAUCGUUACACCUCUUUACACCUGUCUGAAUCUCCCCCAGCUCCACGCAAUGUCUGCAAUAACUCAAAACAUGCAUAGCAACCUUGUUUGGCUUGAACAGGGCGACGUUGUCUUCAGAGCCCAGGUUGCGAACAAGCCCUUUUCCCGUGCCCAGCUGUUCAAGGUCCCAAAAGAUGUCAUCUCGAAAGAAUCACUCGGACUCAAGAAGAUCUUGAAUGAGAGCAGAAAACAGAGACUUCAGGUAUACGCUGACUGCCCCGUGAUUCUCGUAGAUGAAGAUCCAGACAACUUGGAGCUCGUGCUGGCUGUUAUCUGUUAUGGCAUAGGGAAGAACUCUGUGGUAGAUUACGACACAUGCCUGCCUUUCUCCACUGUCGUCACGAUGCUGCACAUGGGCGUAAAAUAUCGAGUGGAUCUCCUUCGUAACGAGGCAGGUCGACGAUUGAGCAAAUGCUUCCCAAGCAUCCUCGAAGAGUACAAUCCUCGCCUAUUUUCGGAUCCCUCCCGCAACAUACGGGGCAAAUUGGUCGACGUCUCUAGAACCGAUGCAUUCGAAGUUAUUCGUCUGGCCCAUCAAUACAGAUUGCACUUCCUGCUGCCUGCGGCGUACUAUGUUGCUGCACAGUUACCUAUGCGAGAAUUGUUCUUGGCAUUAGAAACAAAUCAAAUUCCAAUGAUCGACUUCAAGAGGAUCGUCUGUGCGUACACGUCUCUACAGCGGCUUAGCGUCCACGUCGUCGAGGAAGUCCUCUGGCAAGGGCCGGCCAAAACCUGCAUUACACACGAGAUGUGCAGGUCUAAACUUAACAGUCUUGUCAGUUUGGCUAUACGUGAUUCCUAUGAGAUUUCACCCGGACCGAAGAAGGGCUGCCUCGACAGAAGAGACGUUCUCGAGAGUCUCAUGCUCCAAGUCUACGAUUGCGCCGACUGUCGAGCUCACGUUAUGGCCCAACAUGAUACUGGAAGAUCUGCAACGUGGGAUCAACUCAAGACCAUUUUCGGUUUAGAAGACUCGAGGACAGCUGAAGGAGAUAUGGAAAAACAUGUCUCGGAACGGGAAAAGGCUUGUAUGAACUACGUUUGAACUUAAUGGACAUUGGACAUACCUGUAAAACGACUUUGUAUACAUCUUGAGUUGCACACAGUGCAGGUUCCAAAGCAGAAUAUACAUAUACAGAGCGGUAUAUAGCUAUGUAUAGCACAGGGGAUUCACGUACAGGUUGCAACAAGGCACCCACCAAAACAGGGUGCACAAGAACUAAGGUAACAGAUGUACAGACGAUAUCUUUGGUACUAUACCUAGCUAAUAUAUAACAAGGCACAGGAAUCAGGACGAGAAGACAGUGGAGAGCUGAGGAGACAGAGAGAAAGAGGUCAAAGGGAACCC